AUGGACAACUGGCUGAACGUCAGCCUCUUUUUGGCAUGUUGCUGUUUACAGACGCUGGCUGAGACCACCGAGUAUCCCCCGGUACUGGAAGGCUCCAGCAUCACUUUAAAAUGCUCGGGGAAUUCUUCCAGCAAAAGAUCUGUUUACUGGAAAGUCGCCCGAUUCAGCAGGCCCCCUUCUGACGUUUCCAUUUGCACGUUUUCAGCCAAAACAUGUCAAGACAAUAACACUAGCAAGUAUCAGGCUACAGUUAACGCCACAGAAAGAGAAUUUUUUAGCAGUUUCUUGACGAUUCACAACAUAACUUCUGAAGAUCAGAAUAGUGUUUUCGAGUGCCUAAUUGACAAUUUGCCAGAAAGAAUUCAAACGUGGAACCUAUCGAAGGUUUUCUACGGGCCAGAUGAUUUUAGUUGCACGACUGUCUACGCCAAAAUAUCUAGUGAAAUUAACAUAACAUGUUCCACUUCAAAAGUGUUUCCAGGACUGAUCUGUGAAAUGGGGCAGCUAUACAACAGGAAUAAUAUUACGUCUGUAACCCCCUCUACACCUGUGGUUUACGAAAAUUUUGAAAAAUCUGAAAGACAUAUUUCAGCAACCUGUUUCGCUGUUAUCCCAAUCUUUGAGUCUGGGAUAUACCAGUAUUACAUUACAGGGUAUGCAGGUGUCACCACAAAUGAUCGUUAUUUCCAGAACAAAAAAUUCUUUAAAACAAACGAAGUUGAUGUGUACCCACACGUAGCGAUUGAACAUAAAACAGCGAACCGUUGUGCAGGAUCAGAUACUCCUGAGUUAUUCUGGUGUACAGCCAUGUUAAUGCCAUCGCCAGUCUCAUUUAUAUGGUCAGUGUACAAUGGAAGUAAGCCGAUAGAAAUACAAUUGCUGGGUAAAAAGUCUGGAAACUUUCACAGAUCCACAUUUGAACUGCAAAAACCUGAAUGGUGGGGUUUAAUCACAGUAACGUGCAUGGUCAACUACACUGUAAAUUCCCAGAACAGAACUUUGAAACAAAGUAUUAGCGUGAAAAUGCUGUCUAUAGCAUGGCCAUACUUUACACACAAUCAUAAUACAAUCACCGGCAGGGUUGAAAGUCUUAACAUGAACACUGGAACUAGUAGCUUCGAGUGCAGACUCAAAGAAGACAAAUCUGUUCAUACUCGAGGGUCAAAUGAUGUUUCUUUAAACGUGACAUGUUAUUCGAAGGAGGAGCCGCAUAUGAUGAUGAUGAUGUCCAGCAUUAAUAACGGAGAUUCUGUAACUUUCACAAUAGAUCAUAAUAAAACCAAACCCGGCUUUUGUCAAUGUUUCGCCUAUCACAAGCUAGACCCUGGAUGUUACAAGUCUGCAAACAUUACCUUUUUAAUUCCAAUCGAAGGAGCCUCCAAAGGUCAGGAACCUGGAAUGACAUACCUUAUAUAUUACAUCGUGGCAGGAACAAUAGGAGCUAUUCUCUUUAUUUUUACCUGCGGUGUAUGCUUGUUUCUGAAACACAAAUGGCACGAGCUUUACACCUACAUAUAUUUCAGCGUUUCGGUGAGAUCUGAGAGAUCACUAUCAGAGCGUGAUUACGAACCUGUUCGUAGCCCCUCCAGCGGCUUUUCGUUUGAUCGAUCUGAGGGAACUCGUGAGUGUAAUGGAGGUCUAGGUUACUAUAACAACAGUCAUGGCAGCUUUCGGGGACUGUUCACUGCACCAAUGGUUCACGCAGGCUCUAAAGAUACGGGUCUUUGCAAGUACAACACUGGCAAUUCACGUUUACAUGUCAAUCCCGAGAGGGACAUUUUGCAACGUAAAGUUCCUCUGCUACAUCUUCUAGAGCAUAAAGUGGGCGUUGCAGAGGAAACUUCAGUGACUGCGAGACUACUGCUUAACCUACCGCCUAUAUGUCGCCCUUUCCAACAUACAUCAUCAAUGACACAGUGUCACUUGGCUGAUUACAACAACAGUCAUACGUCAGACGAACCGUCUUGGUUCGACCAUGAUCACAAAACUCCGCCUCGCCCAUGUAUGGCAUAUACAAGGGACAGUGUUUGGCCCAUCAAUUCUCUCUAUGAGUCUCCACGUUCAAGUCUACAUUUAAACAUCCCUAAUGAUCGUUAUUUGCAGGCAAACACUUGCACGGAGACAUCUGAAUCAGAAGAUUCAUUUUACACGACCACAGUGUCACCGCUUGCAAUUACUGACCCAGAAACGUACUUUGUACCUAUUUCUAACCCAAGUGAUAAUAAAAGACCUCAGAUUGUCAGCCAGCAAAGCCAGUUAAUAAAACAGCAAACACAACGGCCACCAACCACUACGGGGUUAACGGUAGACAGUCAGUCUAGACGUAGACCAGAAUACCCUACUGCGUGCACAGGGCCUGAUUUCCAUGCGCCCGGAGCUGUGCAUCUAAAUGAUGAAACAGCAUCAAAGCUUUCACCACGAGGUGCGUGGUCAAUAGAGAAUUCUACCUUAAUAUCCGAAUAUAUUAACACAAGUAUGGCGUGUUUUAAAAGCGAAAGCAAAGUGGAGCCCUUAUCAUCUAUAGAAGAUUCACCCGUAGAUGCUGAAUACAUCAACACAAGUCUAAUUUGUUAUAGAAGGAAAAGCAAACUGGAGCCUUCAUCAACUACAGAUGAUUCAUCGUUAGUAUUUGAAUACAUUAACACAAGUUCGAUGUCUUAUAAUAGUGAAAGCAAACUGGAGCCCUCGUCAGAUGUGGGGUCUGCACGUUGUCUAAGCGUCGUACCAUCUUUGCUCUCACAUGGAACACACACGUGUGAAAAAAUAAAACAAAUGAAAAAUAUACAUGCACCCUUAAAGUCGAGGUCGCACUCCAGCCUAUCAAACAAACAUCAGACAGGAAACAACAGAAUACGCAAGAAUAGAAACACCAAAUACAAUAGACCCAACGGAAAUAAAACGUGUGUCUACGAAAACAUUCAGACAGUAGUCUCAGAGUGUUCUCGUCUUGAAAGUCAGUCACUAGACAUGUAA